AUGCAAGGGUGUCGUGUGAUUUCUUCGACUAGUGAGCAGCUGCUGCCAGGAUUUCUUUAUUUCUUUAGAGGAUCCCCGACAUUUCUCAAGAUGCUCUGUUGCAAGGCCAUAAGCGGCAGGUUCCUCACUAAGAUCCUCACCUUCGGCAUCCUCUGGGCCCUCAUCAUCUACACCCUCUACCAGUUCAGGUCUUUCUCCAUAGACGUACCGGUGCCCCACCUCAACAGCAGGUUCCUCCUCCAGAAGCGGUUGGAUCCCCUCACGAGGCACGCGGACAGUACCACGGAGAGCAUGGACUUGGAACCGUUCGUGGAUAAGAGUCCCAGUUUGUCCGAGGAUAACCUUAUAGAGGAUAUCCAGAAGAGGAUGCCCAAUCUGCCCAUAGUGUAUUGGAACAAGAACAAGAAUAAGCCCAUGGGGCUCAACAAUACCUGCGCGAGGUUUCCAUCGAUGUUUGAUUUGGAAUUCAACAACCUCUACUGGCAAACCCUGCGGACUUCCAACGGGACCUUCCAGUUGUACGGGGCGUACUUAGACAAGAGGGCUAACAACAGACUGGGACCGACCGUCAGGAUAUUGGGCAUGAUCGACAGGAUAGAACCUACGGUUGUGACGUACUGCCAAUUCUGGUUCGACGGGAAGAAGGACCCUGUGAUAGGGAAGAGUUUCGAGUAUAAAUACAUAUGGUACAAAAAAUGGGGCAACUACAAGCAAGGCAUCUACCAACCGUACCUCAUCGCCUGCGUCAUCCCUCAAAAGUUCCGCGACCACAUCCCGCAGUCCAUCUCCCUGGUGGAGAAACAGUGUGACAACUCCACCAACAAUUUGAGGGUCAUCUACGAACGACCGAUAGAGAAAAAAGACUUUGCCGUGUGCGUUAAGGGACUGGAUUUCUUACAUGAAGACUUGUCGGUGAGAUUAGUCGAGUGGAUCGAGCUGUUGAACUUAUUAGGGGCCGAUAAGGUCUUCUUCUACGAGUUGCAAGUGCAUCCGAAUAUUAGCAAGGUUUUGAGGCACUAUGAGACCGAAGGAAAGCACGUCUACCGUACUAAAAAUUUCACAAAACCCGGCCAGUACGUGAAGUGCUUCCACAACACGGAAAAGGUCCUCACAUUGCACAACCACUUCCCGUUGAGCUGCCUGGGCAGUGGUUGUACCAGCUACCCGAUCGAGACAACCGACGCCCAGUUGCACCACUACCGCGCCGAUUGCGUGAAGACCCUGAAGAAGAGCUGCGAGGAGUUCCGCAAGACCAGCGUCAUGGACACCACGAUAUGGAAAUUCAAGGACCCAUACAUGCACAUGCUACAGCACGUCUACCGUACUAAAAAUUUCACAAAACCCGGCCAGUACGUGAAGUGCUUCCACAACACGGAAAAGGUCCUCACAUUGCACAACCACUUCCCGUUGAGCUGCCUGGGCAGUGGUUGUACCAGCUACCCGAUCGAGACAACCGACGCCCAGUUGCACCACUACCGCGCCGAUUGCGUGAAGACCCUGAAGAAGAGCUGCGAGGAGUUCCGCAAGACCAGCGUCAUGGACACCACGAUAUGGAAAUUCAAGGACCCGUUGGUGGCCAGGGUGUCGUCGACUUUGAGGACGCUGGGUUUUUUCCCCGGUUCGGACUCCCAAACUACUUCGAAUACUAUUCAGAAACGAUGAUGAUUGUUAGGUUUUUUUUUAUGGUUGGAUAAAGAAUAAUUUGGAGGAAUCUGGCAAAGGUGGAGUCUCAUUAAGGAAGAAAAGAGAAUUUAGAAAAUUCGAAUUGCUUUGCUGCAUUUUUGAGGCAAGUUGUACAGGGUGGUUCGAUUUCUUUAUUAAAUUUUAGGAAACAGAUAGAUUUGUCAAAGAAAUAGUAGAAGUUUGUUAUAUGGGUAUCACUUUAGAAUUUUACUAAAAAAUUUAACUUCAUAAACGCCUAAUAAUUGCACUAUAAACAAAUUCUAUUUUAAUUCUACAAAAUCUACAAAAGUACAAAUUUUUUUAACAUAAUAAUACCCAAAUACCAAAUUAUCAUUAAUUUACCUGUUCCUAAUAUUUGAAUAAAAAAAGUCAAACCACACUGCACACAACUGUCAAACUGAGACGCCAUCUAGUAUCUAUCAGUAAACUAACAGCAUCUUCAACUGUUUUAUCAGAGUACUAGAUAAUUUAUGAUAAUAAACGAUGUUAUAUCACUGAGAUAAUUUUUAAAUUUAACUGAAAACGGUGUUUUUGUAAUGAUUUGGCAAAAAAAAAUUAUAAAUAAAUUUGACAGCUGCAUUACUAGAUAGCGUAACGGUACAACUUCCUGCCGGUUCCUCUUUAUUCAAAUAUCUCAUUAGAGUAAUUUAUCACUUCUAUUAUCAUGAUUUUUUAUCGUUGUAGAAAACCGCAUAGACUGUUUCUAGGCCACUAUUUUUUAUAUCAAAUAUUAUCAUCAUAGACCUGCGGAUUUCAUGUAGAAAUUCAUUUUAUUUUAUUUUUUUAUAGAAAAUGCUUUCGUUUUACGUGGUCCAUAAAUAUUUUUCAGUGCCUUUAAAAAAACAUUCCAAAUUGGCUAGGUUGCAUUAAAAAAAUUAUAUGAUGUUUUAUAGAUUCGUUUUUGCUCAAAUUUACUUUUAACGUUUACGCCAUUUUGUAUAUAUUUCAUUUAAGCGCAUGUUUAGUUAUUUUAAGCAAGGUUUUUGCUCAAACCAAAUAUUUGUAGCCUUCGCGUUUUCAUUUCCUUGUAAAUAGUGAGUAUCGUACAGGGUCGUAUCGUCUAAUAUUGCUUGCGAAACGAUGUAUUAAGAUAUUUUUGACACGCUGGGGACUUCAUAGUUUGUAAGUAGGUUUCUUUGUUGGAGAAUUGAAAAUAUUUUGAUACAUUUUCUUGUAAAUAUGGUCGGUUUAUGUGUACUGGGUGUUCAGGGUAAUCUGUGCCUUAGGUUUUAAGAACGCCUUUGUAUAAUUCAUAUAAAAAUGUGCCUUUUUACUAUUUUAGGGAUAAGAACUAUUUAUUAUUGUAUUUAUAGUUUUUUUUUGUAUGUAAAUGUAAGGAAUAAAUCGAUUUUUAGUUA